UUAAAUUUGACAACAAAUUUAUGGCUGUACCUAACCUUACACUCUAAAUGCACCUUUCACAUACUAUUGAUGCCAUCAAACCAAAGUAAUCUCCAAAAUCACUUUUAAAGUUUCUUACAAAGACAUCAUAAUUAAUUCAAAAUUACCAACCUUUCUUAUAUAACAAAAAUCACACAACUUAUAACAUGAAAAAAAAUUGAUAAUCAUGUUAUAGAAUAAGAAAAAGAGAAAAAAUGUUGAAGGUAGAGUUUGAGUCUGAAAUCACAACAUCUCUCAAAAAACGACUUGAAGUUUUCAUGGCGAGAAAUGAAGUGUUGCAGAAAGAAAACUACGAACUUAGAGAGGAAGUUGCGCGAUUAAAAUCGCAGAUAGUUUCGCUCAAAGCGCAUAACAUCGAGCGAAAAACUAUUCUAUGGAAGAAGAUACAGAAACCUAUAGAUGAUAAUAAUUCAGAUUCACAUCACCAUCUCAAACCUGCACUUCAAGCAAUCAUGUCCGAAAAAAGCUUAGAAAAUGAGAACUUGCAUCAUACAAAUCAAGAUUUUCAUUUUCAAGACUCGUCUGAUUCGCUUAAAAAGGAAAGAACAUCGAUAAUUCUACCACCAACUCCGCCUCCAAAGCCUAAAAAUUAUGAACAUGGAAUCAAAAUGCAGCCAGCAAUCGCGCCUCCGCCACCUCCGACGCCAUCAAAAGCAUUGAUCGGUUUGAAAGUGGUUCGCCGUGUGCCAGAAGUUAUUGAACUAUAUCGUUCUCUUACACGAAAAGAUGCUAACACAGAAAGCAAAACUCAUCACAACGGAAUUCCAGUAGUAGCAUUCACCAGAAACAUGAUUGAAGAAAUCGAAAAUCGGUCUAGUUAUCUCUCAGCUAUAAAAUCAGAAGUUCAAAGCCAGAAGGACUUCAUCAGUUUCUUGAUCAAAGAAGUAGAAUCAGCUUCAUAUACCGAUAUUUCCGAAGUGGAAACGUUCAUCAAAUGGCUUGAUGGAGAAUUAUCUUCACUGGUGGAUGAAAGAUCAGUGCUAAAGCAUUUUCCACAAUGGCCGGAACAAAAAGUUGAUGCAUUAAGAGAAGCUUCUUGUAACUACCGAGAUCUGAAGAAUCUUGAAUCAGAAGUUUCAUCCUAUGAGGAUAAUCCUAAAGAGCCAACUUCCAUGGCCUUGAAAAGGAUACAGACAUUACAAGACAGGUUGGAGAGAAGUGUAAGUAGUAAAGAAAAAAUAAGGGAGAGUACUAGUAAGAAAUAUAGAAAUUUUCAUAUCCCUUGGGAGUGGAUGAUGGAUACCGGCCUCAUCGGUCAGAUGAAGCUAAGUUCAUUGAGGCUAGCCAAGGAAUACAUGAAAAGGGUAACUAAGGAAAUGGAGUCUCAUGAAGAUAAUAAUAGUCUUUUGUUACAAGGAGUUAAGUUUGCAUUCAGAAUACACCAGUUUGCAGGUGGCUUUGAUUCUGAGACUAUACAAGCAUUUCAAGACUUGAAGAAAGUUGGUUGUGUUGUUGUUGUACCAAGUAAUAGUAAUCACAUGAUGAGUUCUUCCAAAUUUGUUAAAAUUGGACAGAAAUAUGUAUCUUAAUGUAUUGCCAUAAUUAUCAUUUGAUGUUUAUACAUCAGUGGAAGAGUUUAUAAACAUGUAUAUGCUUUUCUAUUUAUGUAAUUUUUGGAAAUUUAUUAGUUAGAGUGUACAUGCUUUUUUCAUCU